AUGCGUCUCGGCCUAGGGGCCGGAAUUGUGCUGUCUUCUCCGAAGGGCGACCGACUCAAGUACGCACUGCAGAUCCACUUCGCCACCUCCACCAACGUCGCCAAGUACGAAGCCCUUGUGCACGGCCUCUGGCUUGCCACGGAAUUCGGCAUCCAGCACAUCCUGUGCUAUGGCGACUCGGACCUGGUGGUGCAGCAGUGCUCCGGCGAGUGGGACGCCCACGACUCCAACAUGGCGAGCUACCACUUCCUCGUCCAGAAGCUGUCCGGAUUCUUCGCAGGCUGCGAGUUCCUCCACGUCCUGAGCGCAGAAAAUGAGGCGGCCGACGCGCUCGCCAAGAUUGCCUCGUCCUGGCAGUCCAUCCCGUCCGGUGUCUCCCUCGAGCACCUGCACAAGCCGUCCGUCAAGCCGUCUCCGGACUCCGAGUCCAUCCACGUCCCACCCGACCCGGCCGCGCCUCAACCUGGCCCGGGGACUGCUCCGCCCGACCCGACCGCGCCUCAACCCGGCCCGGGGACUGCUCCACCCAACCCGGCCGCGCCUCAACCCGAGUUCCUGGAGAACGGGGUCCUCCCCAUGGACGAGACUGAAGCUCGGCAGGUGCAGCGCCGAGCGUCCGCCUACAGCAUCAUCAACAACGAGCUCGUCAAGCGUAGCUCCACCGGCGUAUUCCAGCGCGGCAUCGAGCAAGACAAGGGCAUUGAGAUCCUCCUCUACAUACACCAGGGCGAGUGCGGGCACCACGCCGCCUUGCGGUCCCUGGUGGCCAAGGCUUUCCGCCAUGGUUUCUACAGGCCCACGGCCCUCGACGACGUAGAGUCUCUCAUCCUCAAGUGCGAGGGAUGCCAGCGCUUCGGCAAGCGCGGCCACCAGCCGGCGUCGGCACUCUGGACCAUCCCGAUCGCCUGGCCCUUCGUGGUCUGGGGAAUCGACAUGGUGGGGCCCUUCAAGACCGCUCGAGGCGGCAUGACGCCAAUCAAGAAGCUGGACGGGCCAACGACCGUCCGGUUCGUCAAGGACAUCGCGGUGCGCUAUGGCAUGCCAAACAACAUCAUCACGGACAACGUCACCAACUUCGUCAAGGGCGCGCUCGCGCAGUACUGCUCCAUCUCCGGCAUCUGCCUCGACCUGGCUUCCGUUGCACAUUCCUGGCUUGACGAGUUGCCGGUCGUCCUCUGGAGUCUCCGAACAACAUCGAACCGGUCGUCCGGGUUCACCCCAUUCUUCCUCGUCAACGGAGCAGAAGCCGUCAUCCCGACCGACGUCGAGUUCGACUCACCACGCGUCACGAUGUACACUGAAGCCGAGGCCAAAGAAGCCCGCGAAGACAGUGUCGACCUGCUCGAAGAAGCACGUCUCCUAGCGCUCAGCCGCUCAAUCAUCUACCAGCAAGGCCUGAGGCACUACCACAGCAAGAAGAUCAAGCCUCUCGCUUUUCUGGAAGGAGACCUCGUCCUCCGACUCGUCCAAGAGCAGACCGGCCAACACAAGCUGUCCUCCCCAUGGGAGGGCCCCUUCAUCGUCAGCAAGACUCUGUGUGAUCGCAACGCCUACUACCUCAUCGACGCCCGCAAGUCAAACAAACGCAAGAGAGACACCACCGGCGAAGAGACAAUCCGGCCGUGGAACGCAGAGCUCCUCCGCCCAUUUUACAGUUAG